ACCUGUGGACCAGAGUACGACAUGGUCCUAGCGCCUGACGUCCAACAGGAACUUCUUCGGUGUAUGGGCGACGGUGAGGAUCAGCACCUCGAAGCGCGCACUCCACCCUACCCGCAACACUGGAGUAUCCCGCAGGAUCGACCCGUAGGACGCGCGGGACAGGGGUACAGCCUAGGGCUCUUUGAUACGAGAAGUAUUUCUGACAUUGACCACUCGUCUUCGGAGGAUGAGGCCGUAACUUUCGUUCCUCGCCAACCAAAGGUAACGGUGAUGGGUGGGCGCAGACGUUCUAAACACCACCGCACUCCUCACCCCACAGUAGAAGAGUUCACACGUCAAGUGCCUCACAAGGCGGCUCAGCAGUCCAUGUUUGGAGCUCACUUUACCAAAGAUAACACGACCGAGGGGGACUGGCGCAAGCGACAAAAUGGACGCAAUGCUUUCGACCUGAGGCGACCUAACGCUGACCGCAGAGACUGUUUUCUGGAUGACGUUUACGAUGGCGUGUGACUUUUUAGCGUUCAAGCUGGAUGUAUUUCAUGAAACAAGUUGUCACUCGCGGUAUUUCGCGUACAAGAACAAAACCGUCAAGCAAAUUAUAUUAAAUUUAGUAUUCAAUCUUGUCUGCAGUGCUGAACACUGAACAAGGAGAUAUAGCUCCUUACUAUGGGUCCUGAUUAUGCAUUAGUAAUUAAAAGACAUUCAAGACAAGACAUUAGACAGACUAGAUGAAUUUUUUCAUAAAAUUUUCCCAAAUUUCUCGUUACCGUUACUAUGGUAACAAAAACCUCGACCGUCUGUACAAGAUGCAAGGAAGAUUCUCGAAUCCCCUAAUGCUUCACGGUUGGUAAUAAUUGUGAAUGUUGGAAAUGAACAGCUGUAAUAAUGACGUUUUGUCAUCGCUUUUCGUAUUAGCAUCCAUCUUGCGUCAACACGCGGCUACAGACGUGCUUGUGACGGGGCUGUCUCGCUAGCGCUUGACUCAAUAUUUGAGCCCCUUUGAAAAACUUGUGAUUGCUUUAGAACUAAAUGGAUUUGACAACAGUUAUAAGGUUGCACUCCCGAACAUCUCAAGCUUCACGCGCUCAUUCAACACAGAACAAGUGAGAAAAAGCAGUCGGAUUUUCUUUAAUUAAGAUGGACACUACCAAUAAAAAAUGAAGUGGAAACGAAAUAAAAUUCAUUUCUGUUAA